CGGGUUACGGGUUUACAUACUUGGAACGUGUACGACAAAAGUGGAUAUUUCGUUUUUUUUUCUUUUUUCACUCUCUCACUUUUUACUCCACCCUUUUACCCACUGAAAUAAUCUGGGGAAUUAUAUGCUUAUCGUGUUAACUAACUUCAUUUUCGAUAGGCUCUUUUUCCGUAGUGCAAUGAAAUUGAGUUUUUAUUGUUUCCAUUCCGUUAGUCGUGAAUGAAAGUAACAGCUAAAAGCCGUUUUUAUUAAUAAUCUCGAUUCUUUAGAAAUUGAUAAACAAUUUGAAAUUUCUAUUCUAUUUCCGUGUAAUUGAACAAAGAAGGUCUCGAAUAACUUCUUCAAUAGCUUUGAUACGAUUUCCGAUAGGAACAAUGGUUCCUGUUGAAAAAAUAAUCUCCGACAAUGAUCAGUGAUUCAUCAUCCUCGAGGUGGAUGAAAAUGUAAUGUCAAUGCCGACAAAUAACAGAACAGUUGUUCCUGGUGAUCGUAGAAAUUCCAUGAUUAAAAAUUUUUUAAUUAAAAAUUGCACAAAUUGAAUUUCUCCAUAACAGCAGAGAAUUGCUUUGUGAUGGUUACAAUAGAAUGGCUGCGUAAAAAUUAUUAUACAAUGAGAUAUUGUGAAAGACCUUCAUAAUCGCUAUGAUUAUGAAUUCUUGGCUAUCGAUGGACAUUUCAAAAUGGUGAAUAACUUUGGUGGUAGUGAUAAUAAUAAUAGUUGAGACAGUGAAUGGUUGUAAUUGAUGAGGAUGGAGAUGCGACUAGACGAGGAUGAAAGUGCAAUAGGUGAUGGUAUCAGUAAUGGUACAUUUGAACCAUUGAGUGAUUCCUGUGGCGAAAGCGACAUGGAGGGACUCGAUUUCUCCCUAUUCGAGCCACAACAGAGUGACACCGAUUAUUCUCGUGAUAUCAGACGUGUGUACACUGGUACACUUGAUUUUUUAAUCAAUUGCGAGGCAGAUUGCUGUGUUGGUGAUGCUUCGGGGGAGGCAUGCUGGGAGCCGUGUUACUGCGUACUUCUUCAAGAUGAACAGACUCUCACUGCCUACAGGAGUGAGGACAUGGCGCAAUUUGCGGGGACCGGAUGCUUCUUCAGGGGACAUCAUAAGAUUGGAGAUGCGAUGUUCGUCGAGUUGCCCCGGGUGAGGCUCGACGGCGGUGCGAGGACAUUUCGACAGCACUGGGGAUAUGAAUCUCGGCCUCUGGUACCACCGCCUCCACUCAUCGAAGAGGACGAGGGAGGCAUCGAACCGGAAACCGUCAGCCUGCGGGAGGCCAACACCGCUUCUCCAAUUGCAUCAUUUCUGAGGAAAGUGAGGACACUUCCGGCCAGGGGCUACCAACGACACACGAUGCAGCCCGAUCUAACGGGAAUUAAAAAUAUUAUGGUUGAUACUAGUCAACUGCAUCAAAGUCCUUGUGAGUCAAAAUCUAUGUCUCUACCCCGAGGGUUUCCCCAGCCCCUACCUUCGCCAAUAAGUGAAGGUGAGUCAAAAAUCACAACACUACCUCGUAACACCUCGCGAUACUCUGGUUGCACCAACCGGUCGAUAGAUACGUCCUACGAGAAGGCAUGCAGAAGGGGAAGUGCACCGGCGACCCCUGUUUUGGGGGCAAGACCACUCGAUGUAACACCAAACAGAAUAGUUAAUUUCUUCUCGAAACGCUCGUUCCGCUCUAAUCCUCUGAAGAGGACCAAGAGCGUGACAAAACUUGAGAGACAGAAACAGCGUGGAGCUGGAUUACGAGGUUGUCGCUCGCACGAGUCGCUGUUGUGCAGCCAGGCUGUAACCUCGAUGGAUUUAGCAGCGGUUACACCAAUGCAUCCGAGUUUGCUCGGUCGACCUCAUUGUUUUCAAGUUACACCGAGCAACGGUCCACCCAAGUACUUCAGCUGUAGAACAGCCCACGAGAGGCAACAGUGGCUGCACAGCAUUCGAAAAUCAGUUCAGCCAGAUGCUGAGCAGACCCGUCGCACUGAUAAUUCCCUGCAGAUAUGGCUGCUGGAAGCCAAAGGUGUUCCCACGAAGAAACGCUACUUCUGCGAAGUCUGCCUGGACAACACGCUGUAUGCCCGAACAACAGCAAAACUCAAGACAGAACUGUGCUUCUGGGGCGAGCACUUUGACUUCCAUCUCCUUCCCUCGGUUAAUACGAUUCAGGUGAAUCUGUAUCGUGAGGCUGAUCGCAAGAAGAAACGCGACAAGAACGUGUUGAUCGGCUCAGUGAGUAUUCCCGUUCAGAACGUGACCUCCCGUUACCUAACCGAGAAAUGGUACCCCGUGGUCAGCGACAAGGGGCCACUCAAGGAGCCUCCAGCCCUCCGGGUCAAGUGUCGCUUCCAAUCAGUGGACAUUCUACCAGUUCAGGUUUAUCAGGAGUUCUUGGAGUACCUUAAAACUGAUUAUCCCUCUCUCUGCGAGCGGUUGGAGCCCGCGAUUGGGGUCAAAGCCAAGGAGGACAUUGCGACAGCUUUUGUGGCAGUCAUGCAGCGUGAGAAAAAGGCACCGCAAUUUCUCGCUGAUCUCGUUAUGAUGGAUAUUCACAGGAUUGAUGAUGAGCGCCUGACAUUCCGUGGAAAUUCCCUCGCGACGAAAGCCAUGGAGGCAUAUCUCAAGUUGACCGGUGACAGGUACCUCCAGGAGACUCUAGGGCCCGUUGUUCGGGCGGCGGUUGAAGGUGGUGACUGUGAGGUUGAUCCUUUGAAGGUUUCCUCUCUCGCGGCUCUUCACAAGCAACAGCAGAAUCUCCGCAAUGCUGUGGAGCUCGCUUGGAGCAGAAUUCUAGCGAGUCACGCUCACUUUCCAUUGGAGCUCCGCGAGUGCUUCCGAAUCUUUAGGGAGAGGCUCAAGGAGAUGGGACGCGAGGAUAUCGCUGAUAACCUUAUAUCUGCCUCCAUUUUCUUGAGGUUCCUAUGCCCCGCCAUUUUGUCACCAUCACUGUUCAAUAUUACUCAUGAAUAUCCAAAUGAAAAGGCCGCGAGGAAUCUCACACUCGUCGCAAAGAGUCUUCAAACUCUUGCGAACUUCACAAGAUUCCAAGGAAAGGAAAACUUCAUGGAGUUUAUGAAUGAUGUUCUCGAGCGGGAGGCACCCGCGAUGAAAAAUUUCCUUCAGCUAAUCAGCAAUCCACUACCCAAAGACAGCCCAUCGAACAAUUCACUGGAAUUCGAUGGCUAUAUUGAUUUGGGGAAACAAUUGUCACUUCUUCAUGCUCUCCUACGUGAGAGCAUUGCAGGAACCACUUCUCCAUCCUCGUCGACUCGACUUCCAGACGUACUGGAUAGGAUCUCAGUGGCCCUGGAGCAACCGGGCCCCAGCCCAGUUUCCACAGCUCAUCGUUAUCCAAAUCUUCAGAACAAUAUAUUUAGAUAUAACGAUCCAACGAUUGCAAACAGCAAUACAAAUUUAUCAGUCUCUGCCUCGUCGACGUUAUCCAAUCACAGUACCUUGAACGGAACUUUAAGAGACAGUUCUGAGGUUCUUCAAAGUAAUACUCUGGGUCACCCACCGGGGACAAGAUCCCCAAAUGUUAUUAGGGCAGCAACUUUGCCAAGAAACGCUUACCUCCCGAAUGGGAAGCUUCAACUGCAGAUCACUAGUGAAGACUACCACCCACUCGAACCCCCAGCCUUUGUAUCGAGAUCUCCAACCCCGAUAUCUCGACAGCACCGACCCGGAAUGAAAGGGUAUAGACUGACAGCCUCAGCGAGCCUGGCCAACGUCAACCAUUGCCAGACUAUUCCAACGAGUCCGACUCGAUCCGAGUCUCACAGCAAUCUCAAAGACUCGAACUUUAACAUCAACGUCAAUCAAACCAAUCAGACAAAUCAGAACUCAAGUCACCGGCACGCCAAGGUUAACCAUGACUUGCACGACGAUAACUACAUCCACAAUCACUACAAUGUGUCGAGGUCGGCCUCUCGCAAUCAUUGCAAAGAGGAAAAUGCUAACCAGACACAGCAGCAAAACUACAACAACGUCACCAAAACAACAGUCAAUGCGAAUCCCAUCAACCCUUCUAACCUCACUCUAACGAUUAAUCAACCGAACAAUAAUUACAGUAAGGGAUCUACAACCAAUGGAAAUCUGGACGAAAUUUCUGAUCUCUUGAGGUAUGCGGACGACGAAGUGUCAGAGUCAAAGUCCCAGAAGGGAUCGCAGAUAUCAAUAUCACAAUUGUCUAAUGUAGCUUCUUCGGGGUAUCAGAGCUUCGCUGCCUAUAGUCAGUCCUCGAGUCCUGUUGACCUGAGUAAUAAUGCCAAUUCUCAUAUUAUGAGCGCUGCACCUCUGGCCUUUGCCAAUCCUGUUUAUCACAUGGAGGCAAGCAGGGGCGGACGGAGAGGCAGCACUAGCUCAGAAGAACGAGAAGGCGGAGGUGUCGAGGGGGUCAGAGGAGUGGAUCUUAGUCCUUCACCUGCGACACAGGGGAAUAUGAGGAAUCGAGGGAAUGGACAGCAGUGGAGGCAAACACCUGGACACCGAGGCAUUGCAGAAGGCCAGAGUGGCUAUAGCACAAAGCUCAGAAGAAGGCUCUCUCUGGAUUCUAAUAGGGAUCUCAGUGAUACCAGUGAGGAUGAGACCUGUGCCACCAGGAGGGGCAAGAGCAGAAGCCACAGGAGCAUUGAUCAGUAUGAGGUGGAAAUCGAGAGGCUGCAGUGCAGUGUCGACCGUCUCCGGGCUCGAUUAGGUGCAUCAGAGGAUGGCGAUGUCGAUAGCAUUGCACCUGACACCAAAAUGAAGAACCUCAUUGCCAGUUUGAUAUCUGUGGAGGAGGAGCUGCGUCGCGAGCAACAGAAGAUGUCAGCAGCACUAUCGUACAAGCAGCGCGUGAUAGAUGCCCAGGAGCAACAGAUUGCUGUCCUAGAUGCAACAAAUACAAGAUUGAUGUCAUCAAACACAAGACUAUUGUCCGCAUUAACCUCCCUAAAGCAACAGUACAGUGCAAAAGCGCAAUCCAACAGCAGUGAGGCUGCUGCAUUGUUACAAAAUAUCGCUGACAUCGGUGAACUCAAGAGUUCAUCCUGCUGAAUCAUCAAAAGCAGUAUCAAAUGAUCAAAAGAGAACACAACACCAGAGGCUUGAACUAAAGGUGAAAGUUGAUAGGAUAGUGUUGAAAUCGUAAUCAAUCAGUUGAGACAAAUGACGGAGGAAAUAUUUAUAAGCUGUUUAGCUUACAUAGACGUAGAUCUAAAUUAUUGUUUGAAGAUUAACGGUAAGCUUAAUCAUUUGUACGAGUUAACUCAUAAUUUUUGUAUUAUACUGCCCAGAGAAGACCAGUAGGUCAUUAACAGGAGUUAUAAAACCGUAGAAACAUUUUUUUUUGUUUUUUUUUUUUCAUUAUCGUGUACUUCAGGCAUUCUACGUACAAUUGCCUGUAUACACUGAUAGAUAAAACUACUUUUGAGGAAGAAUAUUGACAUCAUACAAGUUCAUUACUUAUCAAGUCAUUAAUUAUUUACUGUUUGUAAGUAGUUGUUUACUUACUGAGGAGUAAUUAUGGACUUCAUACUAUUAUUGUUUAGUAAUUAAUAUUUACUGGCUUACGAUUUGGGGAGGAAGUAACCAUUUUGUUUAUUGAAAGUAGUUUUUUCUGUUAGUGUAUCCGUUGGCGAUUAUUUUUUUGAUUAUUCAGAAUCAUUCGGGCAUUUGCCCUGCACGCGACUGAUUCCAUGGCAUAAAAACAAUAGAGGAGAUUUAUGGACAAAUUUUAAGGUAAACCAGAUAUUUAUUUAGCAAUUGCUACCAAAGAUCAAGUGUUUUACGUUUGUAGAUACGAAUCGAGUAAGUUAUUUUGGUUAUUUGAGAAGUCAGAAGAGAAAUGACAGGAUAAUUUUUAUAGGUGAAAAUUUGAUUUGAGGUGAGAUUUACUUGAGGUGGUGAUGAACUGAACCGAUAGGUUGGGCGAAUUUAGAGGUGAAAUCAGUGAUUUCGGAUCUAUUUAAAGACCGGUUGGAUUAUCUGGAAAAGAUCAUUUACUCCAAAAUUGGGAUUCCUAAUUACUCUGGC